AAGCUCCUGUACUGCAAAACCCAGAAGACACAAACCAAUGCCUCCCAGCUCACUGUUUUUGGCAGGCUCACUAUUUUUUUAUGGACUCACUCCUUCCUGGUUUCACCCUCUGGCUUUGCCCCAAGCUGCACCGAUAACCCCCGAGCACACCGCAACCACUGUAACCUCUCCGGUGCUGGGCUGGGGUUAAUCACACCCCACAGGGUGGGGAUGUUUUGCCCAAAAUCAGGGCUCUCGAGGCUGAUGAGCUCACCUGGGAGCCCCAGCCACGCUCGGCAGCCUUCGCACUCCUUCGCACGAAGCGGCUGCACCGGGCGCUGAGCAAGAGAAGGGCGAAAACGGAGCGGCCGGCGGAGCAGAAGGAAGUGCCGCCGGGGCCACUCCUCCGCGCCAUUUCCUCCCUGCGCCUGGGUUUUUAUACGGAUGCAAGGGGCAGCGCGGGCGGCCGGCCCGUCCGAGGCCUCUGCCUGGGCUGGGGUGACCGAAGGGGAGCACCGGCGGCCGGCCCCGAGGAGAGGCUGCGGGUCCCUGCGCUCCAUCCGGCCCCGUCCCCUGCGUGCCCUGCAGCCUCGCAUGCACCGAGCUCCGGUUGGUGAAAGCCUGGGGUUGGGUGGACAGCUGGCUUUUGGGGCGUCACAGCAAAAAAGAUGAUGUGAAUGUGCUGUAAGAACCAAGUGAGAUGGAUGGAGAGCUGUCCUGUGAGAAGGUGGAUGGAGAAAUGCCGGCUGACAUGGGGGAUGUGGGAGGAGAGAUGCCAAGUGCUGAGAGUGAUACAAAAGGAGAGAUGUCCAGUGCUGAGAGCAAUGUGGAAGUAGAGAUGUCCAGUGCCGAGGGCGCUGCAAAAGGAGAGAUGUCCAGUGCUGAGAGUGAUGCGAAAGGAGAGAUGUCCAGCGCUGUGAGCGAUGUGAAAGGAGAGAGGUCCUGUGCCGACAGUGAUGCAAAAGGAGAGAUGUCCAGCACUGAGAACAAUUCGAAAGUAGAGAUGCCCAGUGCUGAAAGCAAUGCAGAAGAAGAGGCCCCUUGUGCUGAGGGCAGUGUGGAAGAAGUGAUGCCCUGCACAGACAGUGACGGGGAGGGAGAGAUGCCCUGUGCUGAGACUGAUGCAAGAGGAGAGGCAAUGUACUAUGAAAGUGAUGAGGAAGAAGGGCCUGAUGCUGAAAACCCUGACUCUUCAAAGAAAAUCUCGUUUAUUUCUUCUCCCUUGCGGGCAAUUGUCCGCCUUCGACGGCGAUACCGGGUGCAAAAGAAAAGCCGCCUGCAUUUAGAGCUCCCCCGAGAAAAAUCGUCAGAGCAUGUCCACGCGCGGCUGCUCCAGAGGCAGUUUUCCCUGACCCGAUCCAGCCUGUACGGCUCCUCCAUGUCCUUCUUUAAUCAGAGUGGCUUUGAAACGUCACAGUACUUCACCUUUGACACAUCUGUGGAGCAGCGUUCAAUGAACAAAUCCAGGCGGAAAAAGAAACGAAGGAAAUCGCGGAUAGUCCUGUAUCCAGAUAAAACAAAAAGAUACCUUCCAACAGAGGAGAAGAGCAAUGCGAAACGCUGCCUCCUCUUGCUCAUUGUCAUUAUCUUCUUCCAGAUUCUCAAUGCUAUAGAGAACCUGGAUGACAAUCUCCAAAAAUACGACCUCGAUGGUUUAGAGAAAACAAUGCACCGGGAAGUAUUUGGGCAGAAGGUUGCUGUGGAAAGUAUUAUGGAACUGCUGAAAGACUAUCUGGCUACCCACAUACACAACAAGCCUCUAGUAAUUUCUUUAAAUGGCCCAACAGGGGUUGGGAAGAGUCACGUCGGCUGGCUGCUGGCCAAACAUUUUCGUUCUGUCAUGGACAAUGACUUCGUGCUUCAGUACUUUGUUAUGCAUCACUGCCCAAACGGUGUGGCUCCUCUUACUUGCGAAAUAGAUUUGUCUAAGAAAAUUUCUGACAUGGUUACAAGAGCAGAAAUAGAAGAGAAAAUACCACUGUUUAUUCUGGAUGAGGUUGAGCUCAUGUCCCCAGUCCUGCUGGAUACUCUCAGCCGAUUCUUUGAACCCAAUCAAACCAACGAGUUCCUGAAUGCCAUCUACAUCUUAAUAAGCAACAUAGGAGGUGGCGAAAUAACCCAGUUUGUUAUCCAGAAUGCAUCUGCUGAGCUUCUGCGUCAGCAGAGGGGAGCUGAAGAGCUGCUGAGAGUUGUCCAGCCUGUGCUGAUCCAUACCCACCCUCUCUGGAAGUCUGCAGACAUCAUCCCCUUCAUUCUCCUGGAGAAGAGCCACGUCGUCAACUGCUUCCUAGAGGAGAUGAGGAGGGAAGGGCUGUAUCCCGACCAGGACCACGUUGAGAAUUUAGCCAGCCAGCUCAGUUACUACACUACAGGUGACAAGCAGUACUCCAGGAUGGGCUGCAAGCAGGUCGUGGCCAAAGUCAACCUGCUGUAGUGACUCACUGCGGAGACUGAACCCUGUGCUCAGGAUUUACAAAAUUCUGGGCUUACAGAGGAGUUUUACAGAGGCCUGUGGUCCAGGUGGCCUCCUGCCACCUGCUCAGAGGCUGCCCUGGUUGAGGCAGUGGGAUGGCAGCCUGAGCUCCUCUGCAGUACGAUCGCUCUUCUCCAGAUGCCUCACUUGUUCCUGCUGUGCUGUGAACAAGGCACGGUCAACGAAGCCCAGCAGCCUCCCAGUAAUUUGGAGAUGUUUUGUUUGUUCCUCACGUGCUCAUUCAGGACACUGGUCAUUAAGGAGUUGUGAGAUGAGAACAGAUGUUGUGGGGAACAAGCCAAAGGGAAGGAACCAUGACCCAUUUGGGUUUCCUGUCUUGGCAGCACAGGGAGCUGCAUCUCGCUCCUUCUCCAGGCUCAGUCUUCACCCCUUCGUUCUUCUUGAUCCUGGCUGGUGUUGUGCAAGCCAGGUGGCUCUGCAGAACAGAGUCAAUGCUGCCAGCAUUGGGGAUGCCUUGAGAAUGGAGAAUUUGUGGCCCCUCAGCCCUAAAUGCCUGGGCAGUCAGAGCUCUGCCUUCUCCAUCUCCUACGUGACCGCACGCUCCUGAGGUUGCUUUGUGUUCUUGGACUGGUUCCUGAGCUGUUGCUCGGCUGAGCUCAUACCUGAGCUCACCUUUGGCACCUCCAGCGAGGUUUCUGCCCUGCGAGUCUGUCUGGGCUCGCCUUGAAGACUGUGCCAGCCAGGGCAGAAAGCACUGCCAGAGUGGUUGGGGUCUGGUGCAGGCAACUUGUCCUGAGAGCUCUUCUGCUUUUUGCUCCUGGGUACACUUCACUGUGCUCAUUAUCUAGAAAGCCCAAAAUAGCAACUGACAGAUAUUAAGUAACACACACUGGAAAAGACAAUUUGGGCUGUCUGGGCCAAGGGCGGCAAGAUCCUGGGCCCGUUCCUAGUGCUGCAAGGCCAAAAAGAGGUUCUGUGCCACUGAGACCUGGUGGAGAGCAUGUGGCCUGGAAGCUCCUCAGGAAGAGCACAGGUCCUUGUUUUGAGCAGGCAAUCGGAGCAGGUAUUUAUGGCAUUGCUUUUUCAGGUUUUGGUUUUGUGCCCAGAUCCCCUUCUACAGUUUGCUGUGAAUUAUCGUAUACAUAAUCCUGUGGAUGUUUGCACUGGUUGGUUGAUUUGCCUCUUUCUAACUGUUGGUCUUCAAAGACGUCCAUCACAAACUCCUGUUUCCAGAGCUAUUGUCAGGAAUAAAUCCAAACUGUCCUGAAUAAAAUCACUCAAAGUACUUUUCCUCUAUUUCACUGAAAUGUGGUUUUCCUCUGAAUUUUCUCUUCUGCCUCAAUGCAGCUGACUCAGACUGGGAGCAAAGGCUGCAGCUUUGCUGAGUGCUUUUUGCAGACCACCUCGACGCAGCGUGCGCAGCUCCUGGGGUUUGCCUGUGGUAAGCCAAAUGCCCCAAAACACACAGUGCAGCAGCACUGAAAGCUGGGUGCUGCACAGCUCCUCCACCCUAUGGAGCUGCCUGGGGGAGGAUGAAGCCGGAGACCUUGUAAAUGGGCCCUUGGCUGAGACAAUGCGAGGCUGGGAAGCCUGUGCGUGGCUUCUCCUCUUGCAGCUGCCCAGUGGAGAAGCCUUUUUCUCCUGCAGAAUUGCCUGUGAGAGCAGCUGGGGCAGGGAGUCCACAGGGCUGGUUGCAUGGCUUAGGGGAAGGGCUCUGAAUGAAGCUGAGCCACCCUCUAGAUACAAGUGCAAGAGGGCUGAUCUCCACAAAACGUGACGUGUGUGAGCUGGUUUCCAUAGCUUAAUGAGAUUUUACCACCAGCACAGUUAAUGUGUUUUUAUCCUGGAUAAGAAACAGAAACAACACAAGGACCAGAUUCCCUCCCCAUCCACCUGGGAGAGGGACAGAGGUUAUUUCUGUUUUCUUCUGCCACGGUCUCCCUCUUCUGGGAGGAACUCAAAGCUGAAGGGUAUGACGGGAGGGGUCAGCAUCACACACGCCGCCUGCACUUGGGAGUGGAAAAUGUGACCAGUGGCUAUCGUGUCGUGCUCCAGGGUGCUGCUGAAGCAGGCACCCGUGGGCAUUGGGUUGCAGAUGGCUUCUGUGGUGGUGUCAGGACAAGCAGCAGUGCUGCCUUCAGAGUGCAAAGCAGUCCUGGCUCUACUGAGCACAAGGCAUGAGGUACACUCGUGCAUUUAACGAACUGCCAAGGCUUUUGCUUCUUGUGAAGCUCCUCUGAGAAGGAGGCACAGCUUUCUGCUGCAUGAAGUGUGGCUUGGGGACCACCUCAGUGCUGAAGAGCCAGUGCUGGACAUGUGCUGGCCCUCCCCCUGCGCCCAGCACUCCUGGCAGCCUCCACCUCUGGAGGCCUUUGUUGGAAAGCAUGGGCACCUCCAGGCUAGAGAGAUGACUUUCCCUGCUGGACGACUCUCCAGGCUGUUCCCAGGACUGGGAUCCCAACUCAGACAACUUCUCCAGGUUGUCCCAAGUCCCAAGAGCUGGUUGUCCCAAGGUUGUCCCAAGAGCUGCUCCUCUGAAUCACCAGAGAUGCUCCUAUACCCACCUGGCACCAAAAUGCUGGGUGACAGGUCUGGAUCUAGCAGUAAAGAUCUCCUCUGGUGAAGCUUGAAUGUGAUGACCAGAUAGUGGUGGCUUGUCUUUAGUCCUCUUCUGUCUCGAAUACUCCUGAAACAGGACCCAGGGUGCUCCCAGAGAGAUUUCUCUCCAUGGCUGUGGCUGAGGUGCUAUGGUUCAUGUAGAUGAACCUCUGAAUUCCCAGGGACCUGUUCUCCACUUUUCUCCCCUAACCCUUUUUCUCCUACUAAAUGAGCUGCACAGCUCAGUGCAGCCGCGUCAUGCUGGCCCCUGUUCCUCUUAAUAUCUUUGUUAUAGUCAAUUGUGGAAAUAUGGCUCUGUAGGAGAUCCCACUAGGGAUAAAGACACUGAUGACAGCUGCACCUUUGUUCUGUGCUUUCAUCAGCUCCACAGGUGAAAGGUGGCUGCUCUAAACGUGGGAGCCACCGUAUAUAUUUGGUGUAGGUGUGGCUGGGAUGGCAUCCUGUGU